ACAACACAGACCACAAUGUUCAAGCUGGUGGUGUUGUCUUGCGUGGUGGCGCUGGCGGCGGCCAACCCUAGUGUACUCGGUCCGUGGGGCUUGGGGCUCGCGGGUCCCCUGGCGGCGCCGGCGGCUCUGGCUCCUCUGGGCUUGGGUCUCGGACAUGGAGCUAUCUGGGGCGCGCCCGCGCUCGCGGCGUACAACUACAGAGGCCCGCUGUCCCUCGCGCCUGGGCAGCCCGCCAACAUCGUGGCUGCCGACGGAAGGCCCCUGGACACCCUGAGCGUGAACUUGGACCGCGCCGCGCACCUGACUGCGAGAGCUGUUGACCACGCCGGCCUGCACCUGCUGAAGAAGCGGUCCGCGGCGCUGCUGACGCCGUUCGCUUCGCUGGCGUACAGCGGCGCGGUGAUCGCGCCCUUGUACGGCAGCAACUACCGCGGCCCGCUGUCCCUGGCGCCCGGCCAGCCCGCCAACAUCCUCGCCGCGGACGGCAGGCCCCUCGACACCCUGGACGUCAACCUGGACCGCUCCGCGCACCUCACCGCCAAGGCCUUGGGCGGCGUGCACCUGCUCAAGAAGCGCUCCGCCCCGCUGAUCGCCCCUCUCGGAGGCAUCGCCUACGCCGGCGCCCCGCUCAUUCCCCACGUUGGGCCCCUCGCCUACUCCGCGCCUAUCGUCGCGCCAUACCACACUCCUCUCAUUCGCACCGUUGGACCCUUGGCCCAUUAUCUGUAGAUAAAACAAACUCCCUGUAAAAUCUAUGUAAGAUACAAUUAUAAUGAAGAAUG